AUUUUAUGCUGAAGUCUCUAUUGGAGUAUGUAAGUGCCUUGUCCGUUGACACGAAGUCUGAACUCAUUAAUCUGCAUAACAAAAUUAACUUAACUAUGUGCAAACUUUAUCACACUCGAAAAAAAGAAGUGCGGGUUCUUAUUAUCCGUUACAUGAGAAUUCUUCUGCUAACCGGGAAAAUAUCUUAUGUGGAGCAUAACAACAUAAACGGGAUUAACUCGCUGCUCAAGUCUGUUUAUAAGGAACUUACUACGACGCCUCUUCCCCUUAUUGGACCCAAAUUUCAGCACAUGACUUUUCAAGAUAUUUCCGUCAUCCAAUUAGCUGCGGAUGCUUGCAUUAUACUUUCGUUGGACAGCUUGCAUGGGCCUUCUCAAAAGCGCAAGUACGAAGACGAUGGAAAUCCUUUUCCGAUGACAAAUUCUUUUAGCAAUCUUCUUCGCACAAUUUCAAAAGAUUGUGAUUCACCAGUCUUUUUUGCUCUCCUUUGGAUGCUAUUGGUCAAGCAUGCACAGAAGAUUUCCAAUGAAGACAUGGCCUUCUUAUGUCGUUCGCUUUUUCAUCAACUUACAAGACUUCAUGACAACUUUCUUCAACUCCAAUGGGUUACACGUUGCUUGAUUGCAGUGAUAAAGUCCGGCAGAUUUCUAACUCCGGAUUGUUGGGAGUCUAUUUAUUCUUUUUUACUUGAAAAGAAAUUUGUUGAAUUUUCUCGAACAUUCACGUCAAGAAGUGUUCGCUAUUUGCUGCGGUUUGAGUGGUGCGGCGUUAGCGUUUCAUAA